AUAUGCGAAAUGUGACGAAGCAGCGGGCACCAUGAGAUCUCUACACUGUCAUCACCAAGCUUCACAAGCCUCCGAGGAAUCCAUUUUCUCUGAUCAGGAUCCGUAAUCGAAUCGGCAUGGGUUUCUUGGUAACGUCGCUAAUCUUUUUAGUUGUUGGUAUAAUCGCGUGCCUUUUCACCAGAAUUUGCUGCAACAGAGGGCCUUCUACUAAUAUCUUUCACCUAACUUUGGUCAUUACUGCAACAAUAUGCUGUUGGAUGAUGUGGGCGAUUGUAUAUCUGGCGCAGAUGAAACCGCUCAUAGUACCAAUACUGAAUGAGGGCGAAUAAUUUUGUGUACACAGAUGUAUCUCCUUGUAAGUUUAUGGAUCAAAUUGUGCCUGCUGGAGGGAUUUGAUUACGGCUCUUAUAAAUCAUUCAGUAUUUCAUAAGGGUGGGUGUAUUUCUUGUUGGACAAUACCAUGUCAGGUGUUACAAUUGUUGAAUUUAGCCCUCAUUCAUUUCAGGAGUUAAUAGACAGUGAUAUUAUGUAUUUUCGUGAAAAAUAAGCUUAUUAAAGAAAAUGAUGAUGCCUCGGGAAAAAAAAGGGAAGAAAAACAGAUGGAAAGGGUCGAGUGAGAAGUUUUUGCCGCAUUUGGGCGUUCUAUGUAGUAUGUACAAUUCUGUAGGAAUGAACUAAGAUCUGGUCACUAUGCUAUUAAAAUUAAUUGAUAUGAUAAAUCAUUGUAUUGAUAGUUGAAUCAUAUAUGGUAUUCCCCUUUAGUA